UUAAUGUCAGAUUUAAAUAUUUUUUUUUGAAAAUAUGACUAUUUAAAACUAUUAAUAUGUUCUGCCGAUAUAUAAGAAAGACGUUAAGAAUUACAAACAGUAUAAAAUGUUGCAAAUCUACUAUUGCUUGGAACAUACCCAAGUAUCCUGAGUUUAACAUAAAUUUUCUCUGCGAUCCCAACAAUGAAAGACAAAUUCAAGAGAAUAUUUUACGUCGAAAAGGCGUAGGUAACAUUAAAUUAGCAAAUGAACUUAAAAAACAAAUAGAAAAAAUUGAAGUUAAUGCCAAAGAGAAUGAAGAGCUUCAAACACAAUUUUAUGAAGAACUUUCUCAAAUACCCAACCAAACUCAUCCUGAUAUAGUUAGUUAUGGUGAUGAGCCAAAAAUUAUCAAAGUAGUCAACAAUAAAAAACUAUUUACUUUUAAAUGUUUAGAAUUUAGUGAUAUAGUGAAAAGAUUAAAUAUGGUAAGGACAGAACAGUUGGGAAAUGUGUGUGGAAACAGAAGUUAUUAUAUUCUAGGUGAAUUAGCUGAAUUAGAACAAGCAUUAAUUAAUUACUUUAUAGAUGAGCUGAUUAAGUCUGGUUUUGAAGUUAUUUCUGUACCUGAUAUAUUACCCAGAGAUAUUAUUGAAAGAUGUGGUAUGAACACCAGAGGAGAGCGAAACCAGGUAUAUACACUAGAGUCUAAGAUACAUGCAUCAAAUAUGUGCCUUUCGGGAACCUCAGAAAUGGCACUGGCUGGAUAUAUUGCUGGGGAUACUUUUUCUGAAGCAGAUUUACCUAAAAAGUUGGCAGCAGUGAGUAGGUGUUACAGGGCUGAAACUUCUAGUAUUGCAGAAGAGAGAGGAAUAUACAGAGUUCAUGAAUUCACCAAAGUUGAAAUGUUCAUGAUUACAACUCCCGAAACAUCAGAUGAGACAUUGGAAGAAAUAAAAAAUUGGGAAGAAAAUAAAUUCAGUUCUCUAGGACUCCAUUUUCAAGUACUUGACAUGCCACCUCAUGAAUUAGGUGCUCAAGCAUAUAGAAAAUAUGACAUAGAGGCAUGGAUGCCUGGAAGGCAGGUUUAUGGAGAAAUUUCCAGUUGUAGUAAUUGUACAGAUUAUCAAUCAAGAAGGUUGAACAUCAAAUAUGUAACGAAAGAUGGAGUUACCAAAUUCGUAAACACUCUUAAUGGGACAGCUUGUGCCAUUCCAAGACUACUUAUAGCUCUAAUUGAAAAUGGUCAGGACGAGAAAGGGUUUAUUCAUCUUCCUGAAGUAUUGCACAACUAUAUGAGAGGAAAAACGUCAAUUACAAGACAAAAAGGGAUUCCAGAAUUAAAACUUGUUAAGAAUAAAAAAUAAAUUUGUUUGUUUAGAAUUUAUAUAAAAAUUAUCUAAGUA